AGAGUCCGGCUCUAUGCUGUUUGUGAUUGUAUACGAUACUCCCUACCAAGGGCUGUGACUGCGUACAAAGUAAUUACAGCUGCGGCUCCAGUUGACGCUCACGAUUCGAUCGCUCUUGGCUUGUUUCGGCGCAGAGGUCGAGAGAGCCGAAACAAGCUUCAAGUUCCACCGCCUCGCCGUUCUGUCCCGACGGGACGCCAAUUUCGAUCAAUUUCGAGAUUCCCAGCUCUGCGACCCUUGCGCCCAGCUGCCUUGUUUCAACCUUCCUUGGGCCCUGCCCUGUCCGUCUGUGCCGGCGCUGGAGAGAGACUACGCACCGGAUAGCAAUAUCGGUUGAUCCUCACCGAGAUGGCAGAAGGCGACAGUCUUGCUAAUAACUACCAGGUGCUGGAGGAGCUAGGCCGUGGGAGUUUCGGGGUCGUUUACAAGGGAAUCGACAAGGUCACUGGAGAGGUUGUGGCUAUCAAACAUAUCGAUCUUGAGUCCAGCGAUGAUGACAUCCAGGAUAUUCAAGCCGAGAUCGCUGUUCUCAGCACCUGUGCCAGCCAAUAUGUGACCCAGUACAAAGGCGCUUUUCUGCGAGGCCACAAGCUGUGGAUUAUCAUGGAAUACCUGGGCGGCGGAUCCUGCCUUGAUCUGCUGAAACCGGGAACCUUUACCGAGGCCCACAUCGCCAUCAUCUGCCGUGAGCUUCUCUAUGGAAUCCAAUAUCUGCACAGCGAAGGCAAGAUUCACCGCGAUAUCAAGGCGGCCAACGUCUUGCUGUCAGAUACUGGCAAGGUGAAGCUGGCCGACUUUGGUGUCGCCGCCCAGCUCACCAACAUCAAGUCUCAGCGCAACACGUUUGUUGGCACUCCGUUCUGGAUGGCCCCUGAAGUGAUCCAGCAGGACGGGUACAGCUUCAAAGCAGACAUCUGGUCCUUGGGCAUCACCGCCAUGGAGAUGGCCAAUGGAGAGCCUCCCCUGUGCCACAUACACCCCAUGAAGGUGCUCUUCCAGAUCCCCAAAAACCCACCACCAAGGCUAGAAGGCCAUUUCAGCAAGGACUUCAGAGAUUUUGUGGCGCAGUGCCUCACCAAGGACUGCGCCCGUCGACCCACCGCCAAAGAGCUGCUGCGACACAGAUUUAUCCGUUCGGCGGGCAAGGUGGAGGCUCUCCAGGAGCUCAUCAUGCAUAGGCAGAUGUGGGAUGCGAACCGCAAUCGCCAAAAGCAUGCCAUGUACUACCAGGAAACAGUGCAACCCGUCUCAGCAAAGAACAAUGACGUUGAGGCCUGGGUGUUUGACACUGUGAAAUCGGCUGCUCCAGCGAAGCGAUCCACUGUCAAGCAUCGCAAAACAUCGUCUGUGCUGUCCACUGCAGAAGAAGCAGUUCGCAAGUUGGACAUCAAUGAGAGCUCUCCUAGUCCCUCGUCUCCAGCUACGAGCACCGUCCGCAAGGCGACGGUUCGGCGCAAACCUUCCAUCAUGCAAGUUCCCUCGUCGUUCGCUAAUGGCUCGCCUCGAGGCCCAACCAUUGCGCCGAAAAGGCCCCUUCAGCCGGAUACGUCCUUUGGGAAUUCCUCUGGAUCGACUAUGCGUCUGCACCGAAGAGCUCCAUCGGAUAGCCCGGCUGGCCUGCGCGGGAGCAGAAGUGCAACUCCCGAUGACGAUGUCUUCGUCGAUGAGAAUGCAACCAGGCCGUCUCCGGCUCCGGCCGUCACGCCAUGUGAACCCCAUAACAAGGAGGGUGUGUUGGGGCGGAGGCUCUGGUCUAAGGCAUUGGAACCUACGCUUGCCGACUUACACACGCAGACGUUUACGAAGCGAAAGCAAGAGGCGCUGGCCAAGGUGUCCGAAGCCUUUGCUGCACUAGAUGCAGUUGAUCCCGAGGGAGCUUACUACUUCAUGCACAAUCUCGUCCUCGCCGUGAGCCAGGAUGACAAAUUGGACGCGGCACUCUUACGCCAUCGCACUCAAAAGAUACCCGAUGACGGCACUCCCCAAGGGACGGUGCUCGUUAGGAACUCGACACCGUCAGCGAGCCCUGCCAAGAUGGUACCUGGCUCAGCAAACCCCCGCUACAAGAGUCAACGCCGGCGCCAGCUUGAUUCGCCGCUGUCAAGGGAGUCUCUCAGGGGACAAGACAAACCAGCCAUCGAGGAGAAGUAUCCUGGACAGGAAGCUCAGCCGGGCAUGGAGCACUGCAAGCAACUGUCAGACGUGCUCUACAACCGGUGGGCCGAUGGUCUGCGGAUCCGAUGGCCGGCCAUAUGAUUCAAGUUGGCGGACGGAAAGCGAUGAUCAGGAGGAAACGAGGCGUUUAGGAUCUGUUGGAAUGAGCCCCUUUCUGUCAACAUUGGGUGCCUUUUUGUUUGAUACUCUUGUUCUUUCUCUUCUUUUCUUCUU